GGCGCAGCGGCAGCUUCAGGCUCAGGCUCUGGACUCAAGCGCAGCAUCCUCGCUGCAGCCGCUACCGCUGUUGCACCUGGUCAGAGCUCUUCAAGUCUUGAAAAGCAGACUCUGUUCAGGCAUGCUGGAUGGUGUCACAUUCUUGACAUCUCAAAGCCUGGAGCCUGCCGGAGGGAAGGUUGAUCUAGGCAGUCUCAUUGCUGGAGAUGACUGUCAGCUGCUUUCCCUGCGUAGCCACCAUCACAUGCCCCACCACCAGAGCCUGGGAAGCCUGACCACAGACCAGCAUCUCCAAGGCAUGAAUAAUUAGGUAGGCAUAAUGGAAGGCACUCACUGUACCCUCCAAUUGCGCAAGCCCAUUACCGAACUCUGCUACAUCAGCUUCUAUCUUCCGAAGGGGGAAGUCAGAGGAUUUUCGUACAAGGGCACCGUAACUCUAGACAGAUCCAAUAAAGGGUUUCAUAACUGCUACCAAGUUAGGGAGGGGUCAGACAUCAGCAGCCUCAGCCUGCAGCCGAAUGAACAUCCUGGUGACAUUUUUUUCAAGCCAACUCCCACCAAAGACAUUCUCACUGAGCUGUACCAAUUCACAGCCGAGAGGGAGAGACUGCUAGCCAACCUACUGAGCUCAGACCACAUCCUGGGGAUUACGAUGGGGAACCAGGACGGGAAGCUGCCGGAGCUCUCCGUGAGCCUGGCCCCCGAGGACGACUGUUUGCAGAGUGCCGGUGACUGGCGUGGAGAGCCUGCUGUGGGCUGUCUCCAUAAGAGGAGCUCCCACGGGAACAAGAAGGCCCGGAGGUUUGGUGGAAGGGGAGAGAGCUUUGAGGCGCUCUCUCAGAGCUCCUUGCAGAAGAGGACAAGAAGGAAGGGGCGUGGGGGUCAGGAGUCAGCUCCUCAGAUGGGGAAGCACCAUCUCUGUUCCAGCGACUCCCUUCCUCUUUCUCAAACAAGCCCUCAUCUUUGGCUCCUAGAGGAAACAGGCAACUUGCUCCCAACUGAGGCGCUUUCCUCGUCCCUGCAGACGGAAGAGAGUUGCACCCCAGAGAUCCCUGGGACACUGGAUGCUGACGCUGGUGUGGGGAGCUUCACGAAGGCUUCUGAGGGCGCCGGGCUUGGAAAGGGAGGGCCAUUUCCUGGCUGCAGCUCCACAGAGACAGGAGACCAUAGUGCAGGGGUGCCAAAGAGGGACCCUUGUGGGCUGGCACGUGUGCAAAGAGGCUCCUCUGAAAGUCACAGGGAGCCUGAGAAACAUCCAGAAGCAGAGAGGGGCCGGAGAGAGAAGGCUACUGAGCGGACUUAUAGAAAGAAGCCUGGUUCCAAAGUGGUGGCCAGAGUCCAGGAUCUGUCUGCUCAGGUGCAGCGAGUAGUUCAAACACAUCCUGAGGCUGAGGAAAGGGUUGCCAUCUGCCCAGCCGCCCAAGCUGAGUUCAUUCCUAGCGCAGACUUGCUCACCCUCCCGGGACCUGAGGCUGGGGAUUGGGGUGCCAGGGGUCAGGGCAAGGAACAGCGAGGAGAUAGGUUAUGGCAGCCAUCGGCCAGGGAGUGUCGCCCCACCAGCGCCGAGGGGGCUGUGAACAAGGUCCUCCUCAAGGUGAUAGAGAGUGAGAAAUUAGAUGAUGCCACCGAGGGGAAAAGGCUGGGCUUCCCCUUUGGCCCGAGAGAAACUGGGGGCAAGAGGGGAGCUGGGCCACUUCUGAGUGGCCCCAAAACCUUGUUUCUGGCUCUGCCCCAUGAUGGAGACCCUGGAGGUGAUGAGAAGAGGCCACCCCCCACAGCCCUGGCAGCUCUUGGCCUGGUAUUGAAUAAUUCAUCCUUUCCGUCCAGUACACACAAACAGAUGUCACCUGUUCCCUCUCCUCCUUCUCCAAGCCUCCCCAGCCCUCGGCAACAUCACAGGAUCCUCCGGCUCCCUUCCCUGCCUGGCGAGAGGGAAGCCGCUCUUGAUGACUCUCUGGGUAGAAAGAGUGGUGCUUUCUCAGGGACCCCCUCUGCUGACACGUUGGAGCCACCAUCUUCUACAAAGGUCACGGAGACUGAAAAAGCCAGCCCGACCUCCCUCAGAGCGGACCAAGCUCGGUUGGUGCCUGGGGAAUCAUUGGAAAAGACCUUGGGGCCCAGGAAGACCGCAGCUCAGCGGAAGCCCUGGUCACCUCCAGGCAUCUCCUCCGAGGGCUUUUCCCGGGACUGCUUCAGUGAGCAGACAGCAGCUAAAGACCUUCCCAACAGGGAUGGAAGUACAUGGGUCCUGGCCUACAGAGCUGGACCAGCCUGUCCAUUUCUGCUCCACGAGGAAAGAGAGAAGCCAAACAGAAGUGAAUUGUAUUUGGAUCUCCAUCCUGACCACAGCCCCACCGAGCAAGAUGAUAGGACUCCUGGCAGACUCCAAGCCGUCUGGCCACCCCCGAAGACAAAAGACGCAGAAGAAAAAGUGGGAUUGAAGUACACUGAAGCAGAAUACCAAGCUGCUAUUUUACACUUGAAGAGGGAGCACAAAGAAGAAAUUGAAAACUUGCAGGCUCAAUUUGAACUCCAAGCCUUUCGUAUCCGGGGUGAGCAUGCAGUAAUAACAGCAAAACUGGAGGAAACCAUUGAAAAUCUCAAAUACGAGAUAGAACACCGAUGGCAAGGAGGAUGUGAAGAGAUGAGAGAUGUGUGUGUCUCCACCAAUGAUGACUGCCCUCCAAAGACCUUCAGAAAUGUGUGCAUCCAGACGGACAGAGAGACUUUCCUCAAACCCUGUGAAGGGGAAGGCAAGACAACCAGAAGUAACCAAAUAAUACCCAAAAAGCUGAAUAUCUCUUCUUUAAGCCAACUUUCUCCUCCAAACGACAACAAAGACACCCAAGUACCACUUCAGUCUGCGGAAGGCAUGUCCUCGAGUCAGCAGAAGGCACCACCUCCCCCUCCUCCACCACCCUUACCCAUAGCCAUCCCUCCUCCUCCUCCCCUCCCACCUGGACUUGGACCUUUGCCACCGGCACCUCCGCCACCACCUGCGAAUACUGGACCUCCACCACCUCCGCCACCUCCUCCGCCUCUGAGUGCUGGACCCCCCCCACCUCCUCCACCCCCACCACUUCCUAACACCCCCACUCUGCCGGAUAGCAAGGGGCCACCUCCUGCUCCAGCACCCCCAGGACGCCCCCCACCCCCUCCUGGACUCUUCUUUGGGGUUGGCCCUUCUAGCCAAUGUCCUCGGAAACCAGCCAUUGAACCCAGUUGUCCCAUGAAGCCACUCUACUGGACUAGGAUACAAAUAAGUGAUAAGAGCCAAAAUUCUACACCAACCUUAUGGGAUUCCUUAGAAGAACCUGAUAUUCGGGAUACCAGUGAAUUUGAGUAUUUAUUCUCCAAAGACACAACUCAGCAGAAGAAAAAACCUCUAUCAGAGACCUAUGAGAAAAAAAACAAGGUCAAAAAGAUCAUCAAGUUAUUGGAUGGAAAACGAUCUCAAACUGUGGGAAUCUUGAUAUCUAGUUUGCAUUUAGAAAUGAAGGAUAUCCAGCAGGCCAUCUUUAACGUGGAUGAUUCUGUGGUAGAUCUGGAGACCCUGGCGGCCUUAUAUGAAAACAGAGCCCAAGAGGAUGAACUCGUUAAAAUAAGAAAGUAUUAUGAGACAUCCAAGGAGGAAGAAUGGAAGCUGCUGGAUAAACCUGAGCAAUUCUUACAUGAGUUAGCCCAGAUUCCUAAUUUUGCUGAGCGUGCCCAAUGCAUAAUCUUCAGAUCUGUCUUCUCGGAGAGUAUCAGCGCCUUGCACCGCAAAGUAGAGAUCAUCACACGGGCUUCAAAGGGCUUGCUGCACAUGAAGAGUGUGAAGGAUAUUUUAGCUCUCAUUCUUGCUUUUGGAAAUUAUAUGAAUGGAGGAAAUAGGACUCGAGGACAAGCAGAUGGAUAUAGCUUAGAAAUUCUGCCCAAACUCAAGGACGUCAAAAGUCGGGAUAAUGGGAUUAAUCUGGUGGACUAUGUCGUGAAAUACUACCUGCGUUACUAUGAUCAGGAAGCAGGAACAGAAAAGAGCGUUUUCCCCCUGCCUGAACCACAAGAUUUCUUUCUGGCCUCCCAAGUCAAAUUUGAAGACCUUGUAAAAGAUUUGCGAAAACUGAAGAGACAACUAGAAGCAAGUGAGAAACAGAUGGUGGUGGUGUGUAAGGAGUCGCCUAAGGAAUAUCUGCAGCCGUUCAAGGACCGACUGGAAGAGUUCUUUCAGAAAGCCAAAAAAGAGCAUAAAAUGGAAGAAAGUCACUUGGAGAAUGCACAGAAAAGUUUCGAAACAACAGUUGAAUAUUUUGGGAUGAAGCCAAAGUCUGGUGAGAAGGAGAUCACACCCAACUACGUGUUUAUGGUGUGGUACGAGUUCUGCAGUGACUUCAAGACAAUUUGGAAGCGGGAGAGUAAAAGCAUAUCUAAAGAAAGAUUGAAAAUGGCUCAGGAAUCAGUCAGCAAGUUAACAGCAGAGAAAAAAGUGGAGACAAAGAAAAUCAACCCCACGGCUAGUCUGAAAGAAAGACUGCGUCAGAAGGAAGCCAGCGUGAGCACCAACUAAAUGACACAGGAAAACGAUGACAGCAAGACGUAUGUUACAUCACAUAUGCAAGAUCCUUUGUAACACCAGUGCUGCAAGAAGGUCUUGAAAGAUAUGUCACCAAGUGUUUAUUUUGCACAUCUCUUUCUGAGGUCUUCUGCAGUGAGCACCCCGUGCCUUCUUAAAGAAGUCCCUUGUUAAGCCACAGGAACAAUGCAAAACUGUUUAACAAGUAUUUGAUAACUGUUUCCUGUAGCGAUCCAAAGUCUGCUCUAAGACCAGAAGAAUUACCCAGAUUUUCCAGUUUCCUUUAAAAGCAGAGAUUUCAACCUUUCUUACCCAAGCAUGAUAUAUGUAAGCUUGUGGCAGGAGAAGGAGCUUUUAUGCCAGUUGCCUUGAGCAAGUUCAAGCCCAGGUCUUUGCACACUUAUGGUUUGAUUAUUGGCCUUAAUUUUUAUCCUAUCGCAGCAGGAUCCUGAAGCGCCCUUUUCACCGAAAGUGUUGAAACUUAUCAAAGCCAUUUUUUUAAGAGGUCGAAGACUAUUUCCUAAGCUUGAGAAAUGGUUAUUUUUUUCCAUUUUUUCAUAAUGAAAGGACAGAAAAUGGACUUCUACAUGGAUGGAGAAGGGGGUUAAAUAGCCAUAAAUUUCAUCCUGGAGAAUAAAUUGUGAUACAGGGAGUUGGCAUCAGCCAUUGAGUAAGACCCAUUCUUUUGUUUUCAUAUGCGUUCAUUACAGACUCCUGGACCACUAGGGAUUCGCCACCCCUUCUGCCCCAGAAGAAACUGUGAUACCUGAGCUGGGACAGACUUGAGGUCAAAGCACCUGCUUGGACAAGUGACCCAGUAUCAUUCAGGGCAUGUUUCACAUGUCCAAGCGUCUGUGAGUAGAUAAUGCCACACUGACUGGCAGCUGAGCUGUACACCAUGUUCUGCGACCGUGUGCAGCUGGAGACCCCUCCCAUGAACCCCAAGAGGCAGUUUCUAGACAAUAAACCAAAUGCUCUUCUCAGCUCUUUAUCAUGACCUUGACCGACAGCCAUGUGACAUACAGUGAGGCAGGAGUUUGUAAUGUAAAAAAAGUUAGGGCAGAAAAAACAUUCUUUAUGUCAAAAUGGAAAGAAGGCAAUUAUGUUACUAUUGAACUUGGGGUGAAAUAACAUACUCAGACAGCUUUUUCUGACCUUGGAAGCCCAUGUGACUACUGCCUCUUGAGUCACAGGGAAACCACCUUGGACCUCUCUCCUGACACUCUUUCCUUCAGCUAUCUAUCACUUUUCAAAUCUAUCUUGGGAGGGGAAAAGAAAGGAGACUCGGGGUAAAUCAAGAUGAGGAUCAAAGCUUACUAGGUUUCAGCCUUGAUAGGGGGAGAGCUUUAUCUCCUCCAGCUGGUGAAGGACAGAGAUGAGCAGGUGCCAUGUAGUCAAAAGCCCCUUCAGGGACCCCAUAAUAGACUUAUCCAAUUAAAGUGGCCCUGUUCCCUAAUAUAGUGCCCUUCCUGGGAAUCAAGAAUGCACAGUCAGGAUCAGAUCAAGUCAUGAAGCCAUAUUCAUGCAGGUGCUAACCACCUUUUCUAACAAUUCAAAAGAAAGGAAUAUAAUAACAUGGUUUGGUUCUUUUUCCCCCAAAAUAAAAGGAUGUGACAAGCAACAUAGAAGAGCUGGUAAAAACUUACAUGACUAAAAGAUGUUGCUUGUGAGCAAGAUUUUUCAAACUGCUUAGAUUAUCUUCAUUUUCACUUGACCGUGAAGAAAAACCUAAGGAAUUCUUCAAUUUAUACUUUCAGCCACCCGAUGCUCUGUGACACUCCUUUUAUUAUUAUCCUACAAAAGAAAAAGUGUCUGUUCGGCCCAGGCCUCGGGAAUCAAUUUUGAGUUCAGUGAGAGCAACAUUAAGUCUAGAUCCUUAUGGCUCUUUAAAGAUUUAAUGGGGGAGAAGGGCAGGAGCCUCUCAGUGGGGUCCCAGUAGCCCACUUCAGGUCUCUAAGUGGGAUGCUCACAAGAAAAUCACUGGAGGAAAGAAGGGCUGUCACUUUAUAAAAAAAAGCAUACUUUCAGGGAACCAGGGCUGAAGAAUGACGAGUAGAAACACUGAAUUUGAGAGUUAGACAAAUGCAACCCAAGUUGGAUUUCAUCCUAGUGGAUAGACUAGAAAUUGGGCGUACAAUACCUAUCUCUAAAGAGAUAAAAAGCUUGCUUCCCUUGCUUGGGGAAGCCUCGUGAGUCCAAUGGAGCAUUAGUGUAUUCAGACACCAUGGCAAGAUCCCCAUUAUUCUCAUCUGCAUCGAGUUUGAAUCCUAUAUCAUGUAUCGAGAUGGCCCUCCUGAGUCCGCUCCUGGAGCACAUUGUGCCUGCACCUUAAUUUCUAACUUGACUUGAUUCUUAGUAAAAGUUCAUAAGAAUUUGUUCAAGGUGGGCUAUAUAAAACAACUCAGAGGCCCUGAGAAUGAUCCCUCCAAAAUUCAGGCGAGAUUGUUAAGUACAACAUGUGUAAUUAAACUUUUCACAGGGAGGAAGUAGUUGGAGUACUGCUUGGCAGCUUGGGUGCUUUUGGCUAGCAGAGUUGAAGUGGCUGUUCUAAGCACAGCUCUGCCUGAAUGAGAGGGCCAGUGGCCAAUAUUCCUGCUCUGCCUUUAGCCAGACAUUCACACCUGGCUUACUAGUCAGACUUGGAGAAACCUUGACUUAUAACAACAUUGUCUCUUCCUAGCCAAGAUUCAUUAAGUCUGAGGACACGGAGGAUAGCAGUUCAGAUUCCUGCAGGAGUAACCAGCAUAAUCAUUGAGUGCACUAUAUACAACAUGAAAGCAGGAUAUUAACAUGUUAGGUAAAAAACACGGGCCUCUGAGGCAUCAACAAUCAGGUUAGGAGGAGGUGUGCUAUAUGGCUCUUUUAACCCAAGAAGAGGCAGCUUAUGGUGAUGAAGAAAGGUGGCCAAGAAGAAAUGGAUGAUAUGAUGAUGGUGGAGGCCCGGGGGUCACAGGUGACGAACCUGCUACCCAACAGUUGCUUUUAAAUCCUUGAGUUGAUGUCUCUUUUAACAUUCACUGCAACUACCUAGGAACUAUAAAGAAUUUCUGAAAUUUAGGAAGUAGAAUAAGGAGAUCCAGUUGUGCUUUUCCAUCUUUAAAUGUUCUAGGAAAAAAAAAAAAAUUGGCAAAAUGGUUGAGGAAUUGAAUGUCAGAUUGGGUGCUGGUCUCUGACCCCCCUCUUCUUCCCCAUAAGGAUAAUAGAAGCUGCACACCUGCUCAGCCUCUCUUGGGCAUCUCCUUUUCUCAUUAGUACCAUAAGGAAAGGCAUUUCCUUAAAUGAAAAAGUCACAUGCUGCUGGUAGAGAAACUGGGAAGAAACAAAGGAAGCAAUAAACUCUUCGGUAGUAUUGGAAACCUCCAGCAAGAUGAAGAAGUCAUUCGUCUGGUCCUUCCAGACUGGAUGUGGAAGACCAUGACCGGAUGUAGCAAAAGAGAUAAGUAUGCGUAUUUUGGGUAAAGAUUUGCUUGUUGGACUGCUAUCUCUAGAGGAUACCACCUGUAUGGUAGGAUUAUCAUUUCACUUCCAUUCUUGCUUUAUUGAAUAUUGUAUUUUCUCAUUUCAACUUUCUUGUCUGGUGUCAUUGAUGCAGGUCACCACAGAUAGCAGCAUAGCAGAUAGCACCCAGCCAGCCUACAAAGGUGAAUUAGCAAUGCAGACCUACAGGCUCUUCCUCAGUAACCAGACUGUGAUGUUACCUUGGGAACCUCUUCAUUCCCUGACAUUCUAGAUUGGUCUCUUUGGUAGUACUGCCCCCCUCCCCAAACAAAGAUGAAACCAGUUUGGGGCUUUCUGAGUCAAGGGGAAGGAAGAAGUCCAAAACAACAACAACAAAAAUACAGCUUCCCUCCCCCUAAAAUGUCUGAUGCAAGUAUCAACUACCCAAUUUUAUAAAUUAGUUUAAAUUCUCUAAAAAUUGCUAACAAGAACUCUUCAUUAAAUUUGAGCUUCAUUUUUCUUUGAUUCUGACUGUCCUAAUCAGAAAAAAAAAAAAUGACCAAAAGGUGGAAGGGAAAGAAAAAGCAUCAGCAGACUUGGCAAUCCACACAUUAAUUCCUGUAUCCCAGAAAAAGGAAAUAUUGUGAAACCCAGUGUUGUAGAAGCCUUGUACACUAAGAAUUUGAACAGCUGUAAAGGCUGAUGCAUGUAGACAAAGUAAGGACUGUCUACUGCCCACUUGAGACUUCAGCCUAAACCAGAUGUUUUUUAGAGUGUGGAUUCAAGAGAGUCAAGAGAGUCAAGUGUUUCUCUGAACCGUUUAUUUUUGGAAAAGGCCCAUACAAAGAGAAGUGGUGUGAUAUAGUAGAAGUGCUACACCAUGAAAGUGUCCUUUCUCUCUUUCUCUCAUAAGAGCAGUUUAUAAAUGUAUGGAACAUCCAAAAAACCAUAAAUACCACAUUUCAUGUUACGCUUUUACCCUAAGAACACAACUGAAGAGAGUGGAUUGAAUAUAGAAAUGAACUUUCAUUCACGUCAACUACUUUGUUAUCCUAAAGAAACCUGCGCAAGAGAAACAAGUCCAUGUGGCCAGACUUACAAAUGGCUAGUUUUUAACCUUUCCAAAAUGCAAAUAACCUGUUGGACCUAUUUCCAUUUUCCAGAUAUGGAGAGAGUCAGUCUGGCUGCUUGGAGCCUUGUCUCUUAUUGGUGCAGAAGUCACUUAAAGGUACCUUUAAAAACAGGCCUCAGUGGGUCUGGCUUAUUUAGAAUCACAUAACUGUGUUUAUAACUCCAUUAAUGAUUGAAUCCAGGCAUCAACUGGGCUCAGUUACACAACCGUAUGUGCCUGAGAGGUUCAUGUUGUGUCAUUUCUGUAGACCCAUAAGUUACUGACACCUAGCUAGAGGCACUGAAUUUUAGUUUCAUGGUUCUUCUUUUCCCCUCCCAAGGGGUGGGCAAUCUACCAAACCCUCCCAGAUUAGUGCUUUGCUGAGAAGUAGUGAAUUCAAGAGAGUAUACGCGUAUCAAACUGAAAGCCAGUUCAGUAGCCUUCUUUGUUCCAAGACCCUUCAUCAACACAGUGAUAUAAACUUAGCCUUUGAGAAAUUUGUGGAGGUGACAACUUACUUGGAAAUGUGAAGAGAUGAGAAUGGCAGCAAGCUAACUCUGUCCCAUGGGGGCAUGCAGGUUCUGCCAACAAAAAGAUCAGGGAAGGAAAUCAAGCCUCAUUCAGCAGUUCAUCCUGUCAUCAGUGGAAUUUACUGGAUUCAUUUCCUCUCUAUCCCCAGCCCCUCCCCCAACCUCCCUGGUGAUAAACAUAACAGAGGACCUUUUUCUUCUCGUCUUCCCUUCUCUGGUAUGACAGUUCAUUUUAGUCAGAGCUUAAGCAAACUCUUGCAUAUUAUGUCUAUGAGAUACUUGUUUGUGUGUAUCUUCUUCACACUAUGAUCUUGAGAAGACUGAUUUGAUCUCAGCUUUUUAUAUGAGAGUGGAGUAGCCAUUAAUUUCUUCUACAUCGCAUAUGCUCAUAGAAUUUUCUAUUUUUUAAUCUUCUCUUAAAUUAAGAAUCUCUAUCUCCUUUUCUGAAAACUGAUUCAUAGGCUUCUCUGGGCUAUAUAUUUUUUUAAUGCUUUGUGUGCCAUUUAAUAGCACUGGGAUGGCAAUAUGCACAUGAGCCCACAAUUCCCCACAGCAGUUUGGGACUCUUUUCCAUGGGAUAAACAACCUUCUGCCACCCUUAGGCUGUCUUGUAGGUUGAGCAUUUCCCUCAAUUCUACCUUUGGAGACAUCAAGGGGUUCUCUUGUCUUUCACACAGUGAGAAUGUCUUCAAAGAGAAUGACUACUUCUCCCCCAUGUAGAGUGUGAGCUGCCAGUGUGUUGCCCUAUACUUAACAUGUCAAGUCAGAAAUAAAAUGGUUUCAGGCAUGUGUUCCCAGUGGUUUGUCAUCAUCUUUGGCCAAGUCGUGCAUACUUUCCUUCCUUAUUCUCUUCUAGGGCUUGCUUCCAUCCUUGUCUCAUGAAACAAAUAUAUUUUUGUUUAUUCAUCUUGGUCAGCUUUCCAAAAUGAGUGGCUAGUCCCAUAGACCCCUGGGUAUAAGGGAUAUUACUCCAAACCUCCCCAUGACAUGGAUGAUAGGUGAGAUCAGGAAUGCUCAGCUCUUUGGGAACUCUCUGGAUGGAUUUUGAAUUCCAGGUUUCUGUGAGAUGUGUAAAAACAGGUAUAUAGCAUACAAAGAUUGUGCUACUCUCCCCAGUAAGAGAUUAUGGGCUUCAAAAACUUUACAUUUUAGAUAGGUUUGAGUGAACUAUGAAUAGCUCUUUUUUUCCCCCUUCUUGGCAACUUGUCCCUGGCUAGAAUCUUAUUUCUUCACAUCUGAGCACCAAGGCAUAAAGAAAGUGGUGUCAACCCACUGUGGCUGCACACUUCAUAAUCUUCUAAAGAUGACCAUUUCCCUUGGAAACAAAUCCAUGGGGGAGGGGAAGUCUAGUGACCAUUCUUGGGUAAAACGCAUAGGAUGAGGGGGGGUCCACCAAGGGAUAGGUCUCUUCCAAAUAGUAAUUUUACAUUUUUUCACUUUCAUAAGACACAAAUAAUAUGACCCUACUGUUAGAAGGAUAUAUACAUCUUUGAAGAAUAUAAGCAAAAAAAGGACUUCCCUUUAUAGAAACAAUCGAUAUUGCCAAAAAGGCAGAAGCUUUUAAAAUUAGAAAUUGGAUAAUUUUUAAGAUUCUUUAGAGAAAACACAUAAUUGAUUCAUCGUAGUCUUUUCCUUUCUUUGAGUUUUAAUUUAGACCAUCAUGGGAAGAGGAGCAGCCCUGGACUUUGAUUUAGGGGAUUGUGCUUUGGCCUGGAAAAUCAUUACUGGCCUGAAUGCCCAGAACCUAAGUGAAAUCAGUCAGCAUCCUAAUAGGAAUCAGGCCUAACAGAAAUGUAAAUUAUUUCAGGUCCUUUAGGGUUUAAUUUUCUUAGCAACACCCUGGGUCCUUGCUUCCUAAAAUUAAUUCGACCCGUGCAGUUAGGUGUCUUCAUUUGGCCUUGUGAGAUUGCAAGUAAUGGCGUGAUGGAGAAAAAACAGGAGAUGGGGGAGAAGGAAAAUUUGAACACGGCCAGGGUGCAAGAUUUUGCUAAUGGAGUGCAUUUUUAGGGAGUUGGUGACCAUUCCUGUGGUUGCAUCAUGGGCAGCCUUUCAGCAGAAGCUGAAGGCACAUGUGUUAGAGCAAGGAGGAUGCCCAGUAUCUCGUACUGGUCUGUAGCUGACACUAUGCUGGAAAAGCAGGUGCUGCAGUCAACCUGGCCUGUGUUUGCUGCAAUGACUCCAUUAAACUGCAGAUUCAUUUCCAUGGGGUCAGUUAUCCCUGGAACUUCCUGUUAAAAGUCUCAUUGGCAUAUAACUUCAUUUCACUUGUCUCCUUUCAGUGCUUCUGCAUCAACCUCCCCUUCUUUUAUACCCCACAGCUAUUUUUCCUCACUUCGGCUUUAGCUUCUCCCGGACCCAUCUUUCCCUACCCCUUCCCAUCCCUAGACACCUGAAUGUCCCCUGAGUUCUCUUGCUCUCACUACACACACACACGCACGCAUGCUGUGCCCCACUCCCCAGCCCUUUGGACAGGAGCUCUGCUGUCACCAAGGGAGACACAGCAUUGCGACUGUUCCUGUUAAUGUCAGCAGCACCUCAUCACUUAGGCAAAGAGGAAAAUCCAUAAAAGAGAUGGAAAAUUACAUUUCUCUCUUUUUUUUUAAAUUUUGUGCUACUUUAAGAAGGUUGAGGAGAGGGGGUGGCUCCAGUCCUUCUCAAUUUCUCAGAGAUUUUUUUACUUUAAAACUGUCCAAUUAUGGACCAUUCUUUUGGUAAAUUGUUAAUCAGUCCAGGUCUGGUAAAUUUUUAAUCAGUCCAGGUCAUCCACUAAGAUGCAUCAGACCCAAGUUUUGAAUCUCAAGUAACUUUUCUGUGCUCCUGGACAAAGUGACUUAACUCUGUGCAAACACUUUGAAUCAUUGGCUUUUUAUUGCCCCUCAAUUCUUAAGACUAGUCAUUGUUCAAACAUCUUCACAAAUCUGGAUCAGGAUGUUGACAAUCUAUGGUUAUUUUCAGAUCAAGAGUAACUAUUACACUCUUGAAAGCACUUAAAAAGAAAAUAGAAGCAUGUCCAUUUGACUUUGAAAAAAGUUUGCUUUUCUGAAUAUUAUACCAAUCUGUAGAUGUAAUUUUAAAGGAUUUAAGCAACAAUGAAGACAGUUUGAGAAAUGAGAAGGCACUUUAAAGACAUGAAACCUUACAUUAUAUGCUCUUGGAUAUUUUUUAAUGUAAUAAGCUAAUUGGAUUCAGGUAUUUUUUUUCCCUUUAAAUUUUUAAAAAUAUUUCUAAUUUGUUUGCAUAUUUAAUUUUGUCAAAGCUGAGAAUUGCUUGUUAGUCGAAUAUGUAAAUGUCAUUCGCAAACCAAAUGAAGUAUUUAUUUUUAAAAAGAAAGGGUGAAGGAACCAAUAUUGAUUUGUACAUAAUGAAAAUAUGUGUGUGUGUGUAUAUAUUUUCUUCCUUGACACUACUUUGUCCCCACAUCAAGUGUAUUUUUGUAUAUAAUAUAUAUUGGUUAGAAAGUGUAGAUUGUCUAUUCAAAGAAUUCUAUCUCUAUGAUAGAUUGUAUUUAUCCUAAUCUGUUGAUACUUCUGUUAACUUAAGAGAUAGAACUCUAUUUUUUUGGAAUUUGCAGAGAACUGCAUUCAUAGCUUCCAGUUGUAAAUAUGCUAAGGGUAUUUUAAUAAAUCUUGGUUUCAUGUC